AUGUCUUUUGAAAUCCAGGAAUUACAUGAAAAAGCCUAUCCACAACAUUUUUGGGAAGCCAAAGAAAGAUCAGCUCAUGAUCAUGAUUGGAAAAACCACAAAUGGAAUACUCAUGGUAGUGAUCAUAGCAUAGUUGCUAAUCAUCAUGAUUACAAUGACGGUCACUAUCAUUCCAAUGACAAACCUGCCAACUAUCAGUUUGAUUAUGGUGUCAGGGAUUUGGAGACGGGUGAUAUUAAAAAUCAAUGGGAAACCAGAGAUGGUGAUCAUGUUAAGGGCAGCUACUCUUUAAAAGAAGCCGAUGGCACUAUUCGUAUUGUUGAAUAUACGGCCGAUGAUCAUAAUGGUUUUAAUGCUAAGGUCAAGAAAAUUGGUUAUGCCCAACAUCCCGAAGUAUAUGCUAAGAAUGUUCAUCAACAUGGUGGUUGGGAAGGUGAUUAUGGUUAUCAGGGUCAUGAUCUUGUCUACGAUCAUGAUAAAAAUUAUGCUAAUGAUCAUGUUCAUGAACAUAGUUUUGAUCUUAAUAAUUAUCAUGGUAAUAGUUAUGAUCAUGCUAGCAGUGGUUAUGAUCAUGCUAAUGAUCAUAACAGUUAUGCCAAGUUUAAACCAUACUAA